CAGAGCACAAUUAAUGAGCCCGGCGCUGUCAGUGAGACAUGAUUGUGGUGGUUAAAAUAGGCAAUGCCUUCAUCUGUUUUACAUAAGAUACACAGCCCUGGAGAGAGCCCAAAGGGUCCAUCCUGCUUGAAAAAGUGAAGGAGUUUCAAGGGAGAGCAGGAACAGGGGAAAGGAAAUAACCAUUUUCUUCUGGGAUUGAGCUGCUGCAUUUCGUGUGCUCUGAGCAGCAGCAGCACUCAGAGGUGAGUAGAAGGAAUAGAAGAAAUGAAUAGAAACAUGGAGAAAUACUUCCUUCCUGCCAUGGAUGCUUUAUUUUGUUAAACUGAUCCAUCAUAUCUACUUGGAGUUUUAACUGAGAUGAGAUGGAGCAAUCCCCGGCAGUGCGCUCGGACUACUUGGUCUCAGGGAUUCGAACUCCACCAGUGAGGAGGAACAGCAAACUGGCAACACUGGGCAGGAUCUUCAAACCAUGGAAGUGGAGGAAAAAGAAAAAUGAGAAGCUAAAGCAGACGUCUGCAGUGCUGGAGAAGAAGAUGACAGCACGGCAAGGGCGGGAUGAGCUCAUUAAGAAAGGCCUUCUGGAGAUGAUGGAACAAGAUACUGAAGGCAAAGCCUGCACUGGUGAGGAUACCACGAGAGUGACACAGGGUGACCCUCCAGCCCCUGUGUGCCAGGCACUGGCUCCAGAAGAGGACCAGCAAGAGAGUCCAACAGCAGCCACAACUGAUGUGACCUCCUUUGGUGAGGAGCUGCAUUUGGAGGAGCUGAAAGAAGAUGCAGCCAAGAAACCUUCAGCACCCACGGAAGAAUCAGAGGAUGCCAGCCUGCCAGCAUCUGAAGACAGUCCACAAGCCUUACUUGCACCUGAAUCCACAGAUUCCCCCCAGAAACAGAUGGAAAGAAACCCAGCACAGCUUCCCAGCCCUCCAUUGCUCCCAGCUCCACCACCUAAGGCAAUCUCCAAAAUCACAAAGAGCAUCACAGGAAGUGAAGGUGAUGACCCGGCCAUGAAAUCUCCUCCUUCCACCAUCCUGAAGAAUUAUGUCAUUGUUGGUUCCUCCCAAAUCUCAGGACAAGCUGCCCUUUUCCAUCCCUCUGGCCAGAAAAGCUCAGACCCCCUUGGCAGGGGACAGGUGACGACACCAACGGGUUCCCCCCACAUGGCUGCUGUUCACCUGCCUCUGCCUCCCAGCAGAGUCAUCGAGGAGCUGCACAGGGCUCUGGCCACCAAACACCGCCAGGACAGCUUCCAUGGAAGAGAAAGCAAAGGCUCUCCAAAAAAAAGAGUGGAUGUGCGUCCAUCCAGAACAUCCAGCAUGGAGCGCAACAAGGAGAAGGAGAACUCCCUGAGUUACAGCAGCGACUCAGAAAACAAGAGGAACUCAGUUAAAGAGUCAGAUGAGAACAAAGAAAACAUGAUCAUGAACUCAGAGCUCAAGGAAGACUCUGUUUUUUAUCAGGAUGAGGAAGUUUUGAAUGACUCCAUUAUUUCUGGUACUUUGCCAAGAAAAUGCAAGAAAGAACUGCUGGCAGUAAAACUACGGAACAGACCAAGUAAGCAGGAGCUGGAAGACAGGAAUAUUUUCCCGAGGAGGACAGAUGAGGAAAGACAGGAAAUCCGGCAGCAAAUUGAAAUGAAACUCUCAAAGCGACUCAGCCAAAGACCCGCUGUUGAGGAGCUGGAAAGAAGGAAUAUCCUUAAACAACGAAAUGAUCAGACGGAGCAGGAAGAAAGAAGGGAAAUCAAACAGAGACUGACAAGAAAGCUUAACCAGAGACCUACAGUCGAUGAACUGAGAGACAGAAAAAUCCUGAUUCGAUUCAGUGAUUAUGUGGAAGUGGCAAAGGCACAGGACUACGACAGGAGAGCAGACAAACCAUGGACACGACUCUCAGCAGCAGACAAGGCAGCAAUUCGGAAAGAGCUGAAUGAGUACAAAAGCAAUGAAAUGGAGGUACAUGCAUCCAGCAAACAUUUGACAAGAUUUCACAGGCCAUAGAAAUUUUCUUCUGAGAAGAAUCUGUCUUUACUUUUUGAUAUUGCUGCUGAACACGCAUCAGGGAAUAUCUGAGUCUUUCCCUCCAGUUCAGAGCAGGAUCCCUUGGUGUUUGUGUGAAGGACUCUGAGCUGAGGUCUCUGCAGCACUUAUGGACAGAGAGCCCAGGGCUGCCCCUCGCUCUGGAGGCAGGAGAGCCCUGGCCUGGGACUGGGACGAGCUGCUGACAAAGACUGAAGCAAAGCAACUUGGAAGAGCCUCCUACUCUCCUUUCACACUUGUUUGGAACUGUUUUGCAGCCUGUCUUGGAAGAGGAGAUGUUGUGCAUGUACAGGCUUUACCAUUCCAAGGCCUCUGACAUAAACGGACAUGACACACUGUCAUCCAGUAUUAUGUUGACGAGACAUUUUGAACUUGCCACAAUUAGUUUGUAAAACACUUAAGUUCAUGUUCUAAAAACUAAUUUAAUGUAUUAUAAUUUCAUUCUUUUUUAUAUAAUGUCUAACAGAAUCACAGCUGCAAGCAUUUUUGAUUCCUGUUACUUUUGUUCUUUAAUUAAAUGACUACUUAUUGCAGGAAA